UACUAAAAUGACAUUCGUCAUUAUCGUAUGUAAUGUUGUAGAUCGGGGAUAUCAACGCGACAAAACAAGAAAAUAAUUAUGUAUUUAUUAUCAAGUUUUGUAUUUUCUUUGAUUACACUGGAAAUGUCUCUUGCAUUCUUGGUCAAAAAUGAAUUUGGUUCAAACACGACUUCAAAUCAGAAUACUAGUAGUCAUUCAUCAAGCAGUCAGAGCAUUCAAGAUUUAAUGACACUAAUUGUGGAAGAGAAAAGACUAAGAUUCAAGUUAGAAGAUCGAUUGAAUAUUAUGGAAGAUAAGUUCAAUCAGAUGGACCAGUUUCAUAACGAAGUUACGAAAGAACUUUUGAAAGAACGCAGCGAUCGUAAGCAACUGGAGGAUAUGUACACAAGUGUCAAAAUGGAACUUGAUAAUGUAACAAACAUUUUGCAAAGUGAACGCGAUAUACGUGGGCAGCUGGAUGAUAUGUACUCAAAUGUCAAAAUGGAGCUCGAUAAUGUAACAAACAUUUUGCAAAGUGAACGCGAUAUACGUGGGCAGCUGGAGGAUAUGUACUCAAAUGUCAAAAUGGAGCUCGAUAAUCUAACGAACGUCUGUGACGUUGUUAAUAAAGACAUUGAAAAACUUGACAUGCAGUUGCACAACAAUAGUAUGGACUUGAAUUAUAUCUCACAAGAACUAGUUGGUUUGCUUCAAAAUGCCUCUGAGAAAACUAGGAAAAUCGCUAAUAAUUCUUUGGAACUGACGACGAUUAAAGAUCAGUUCAAUGUCCUCACUAGACAAAUUGCAAAUAUUAGCGGAGAAAUAGGAAAUAUUCCAGUAGGAACAGAAAAAUAACUGUUUGUUGGCUUUUCUGUAGGGAGCGGUUUCGCGCAAUCCGCUGUUUCAUCAACCCGUCCAUUACGUUUUCAUUCAGCCAUAUUCAACGAGGACAAUGUCUUCAAUACGAGCACUGGUGUUUUUGUUUGCAAACAACCCGGACUUUAUUUCUUUACGUUUUCCUUCGUACACAGUCAUCGUGGAAGCCAUGCGCACUGUUGUGUAUACAAAAAUAAAGUACGAUCAUCUCUAUCUUGUGCUGUAGCCGGAGACACAACUUCAACUGCUUAUUCAACAGGAACAACGUCAGGUAUCCUGUCUUUGAAAGAAGGUGAUCGGGUUUAUGUGGGUGAAUGUACGGAUCCUUCGUAUCUUAGCAUAGACACGUAUCUAACUGGCUUUCUUCUUAAAGCAAAUUGACGAAAAUGUGUUAAGCGUUGUGUCGUUUGAUGAUGGCGCCGAAUAAAUAAACAAGAAAUAUAUCAUUUAAUUUAGAUAUAUAUGUUUGUAAAAUUCAGAUCAAAUAAAGAAAAACAUGACUUUA